GUGUGCUGAGAGAGACCUGUGCUCCACCUCAGGCAGAUCUGGCUGGCUGCCUAGACAUCUGGCCACAUUCCUUUCGUUGGUCUAAUGCUUUGUCAUUUAACUUCUUGUGAUCAUAGAAUCUCCUCUUCAGCUCAGUAAUAUUAGGAAAGAGUUGCUCCUUGAAAACCUCUGCAGGUGUCAACAAGCCUCAAGGAGCAGGAUGGAUCUCGAUGUGGUCAACAUGUUUGUGAUUGCGGGUGGGACACUGGCCAUUCCAAUCCUGGCAUUCAUCGCUUCUUUUCUCCUGUGGCCUUCAGCGCUGAUAAAAAUCUACUAUUGGUACUGGCGGAGGACACUGGGUAUGCAAGUCCGCUACGUACACCACGAGGACUAUCAGUUCUGUUACUCUUUCCGGGGCAGGCCAGGACACAAGCCAUCCAUCCUUAUGCUCCAUGGAUUCUCUGCACACAAGGAUAUGUGGCUCAGCGUGGUCAAGUUCCUUCCAAAGAACCUGCACUUGGUCUGUGUGGACAUGCCUGGACACGAAGGUACCACCCGCUCCUCCCUGGAUGACCUGUCCAUAGAUGGGCAAGUGAAAAGGAUACACCAGUUUGUCGAAUGCCUUAAGCUGAACAAAAAGCCCUUUCACCUUAUAGGCACCUCCAUGGGUGGCCACGUGGCUGGAGUCUACGCCGCUUACUACCCGUCUGACAUCUGUAGCCUGUGUCUUGUGUGCCCCGCUGGUCUACAGUAUUCAACUGACAAUCAGUUUGUACAACGGCUCAAAGAGCUGAAUGACUCGGCUGCCGUUCAGAAAAUCCCUUUGAUCCCAUCCACCCCAGAAGAGAUGAGCGAGAUGCUCCAGCUCUGUUCCUACGUCCGCUUCAAGGUGCCCCAGCAGAUCCUUCAAGGUCUUGUUGAUGUCCGCAUCCCUCAUAACAGCUUCUACCGGAAAUUGUUCUUUGAAAUCGUUAAUGAGAAAUCCAGAUACUCUCUGCAUGAGAACAUGGACAAAAUCAAGGUCCCAACACAGAUCAUCUGGGGAAAACAAGACCAGGUGCUUGAUGUGUCUGGGGCAGACAUAUUAGCCAAGGCGGUGAGUAACUGCCAGGUAGAGCUGCUGGAAAACUGUGGCCACUCAGUGGUGAUGGAGAGACCCAGGAAAACAGCCAAGCUCAUUGUCGACUUCUUAGCUUCUGUGCAUAACACAGACAACAAGAAGCUGAACUGAGGCCGCUGCCAUAGCCUGCAUCGUGCACACAGCAUCUGCUCCCAUCCCCAAAACCUGACACAGUCACCUCUCUCAGGGAUCCUGUCCCCAAUGCCGAAGGAACGCCAACGUCCCUGAGGAAGCCAGUCUCCUGUCCCAGUACUCUUGGUUCCAUGGAGCGUCGGGAGGCACAAGGAAACCUCCAAGAUCUUUUUUCUUUU